GCAGGAGGCUUGCAGGUAGAGAUCAUCAGAUGGUAUAGAGCUGCACUGCGCUCUGCUGGACGGCAGCUGAAUCGUUCAUCACGACGACAUAUUUUUUUUUAUCAUAUUGAAAUAAGGAGUGCUUUUAGAGCAUUUCGACCCCCACUCAUUAUGAUCGCAGCUCCGUGUUUCGCAUGAACAACCCAUUCGCCGUUUUCAUUGGUGCCUUGUGGAAGCUGGGAUGGGCACAAUUCUACAGGAGCGAGUGUCACAACAAUGCCUGGAGAGGGCUUCAUCCAUCAGGGACAAGGACUGGAAGAGGAAGGCGUCGUGGACCAACAACAGGCCGAAUGUGGCCAGCAACAAAAUGGGCAGGCGGCAGUCACAAAGGAAGUCACUGCAGCCGCAGUACGCGCUCCCAAGUCAGGAAAAUAAUAACGAGAAGAGGCUGCAGCAAAGAAGAAGGCAGAAACCUAACAUACCCUUGACCAAACGUAUCACUUCUCUACACAGUGCUCAGGGAACCUCAGACUCAAAGUCCCAUCCGGCGUCCCCUACAGAGAACAGGAUGGAGCCAAAGGUGCAGCCAGCUGCUCAGCACAGCAGCCACAGGGAACACAAGCACACAGGUGUUAGAGGGAGCAGACACACUUUAGCCUUUCCCUGCCACCGCCUGUCUGAUUCAAGUCCUGAUCUGCGGCAGAGACUGUCACCAAACCCAGAGGUGGGAAGUCUGUGUGGCCAAGGAGAGAGCAACAGUGACACUGACUUGUCUGAGUCUGAGAGACUUCCUGUGUCAGUGUCUGGUCAGGUUCCUCCACAGCUCCAGCUGAGACCGGAGGUCAUCAAGGCUGAGAACUGCUCCUCUCGUAGCCACCGGCCCAGAGGACAUGGCCAAGGUAGUUUUGACUUCCCAGACUUCCUCCCUCCACCUUUUAACUCCUGGAGCCUCAGUCAGCUGGCUGUCUUCUACAACAUGGAGGGCCGUGGGGCCUCUCGGCCCAGGCCAGUGGGCCCUUUGGAAAGGUACCUUGAGAGGCUGUUGCAGCUGGAGUGGCACCAGAUUCAGACAGUCCAGGAGGAGGGUGGGAAGUCGGCGGUGUCAGAUGUUAUUUCCAGCUGCCACGUGUCACCUGCUGCUGCCUCAUCACGCCUCAGCUCUCCGAAGUGCAUCCUCCAGUGUCAACGUGCCUUCCCCCUCACGUUCCUCUCCUCUCUGGCCAGUCACUCUGCCCUGCUCUCCAGCUGUGCCUGCACUCUCUGCUGUAACCGCUACUCCACCUGUAGCACAUCGUGCUGCCGCUCCACCUACAACCACAGCCGUCAGUCCAGACUGAGUCCCAUGCUGGAUUGCAGGAGGCCCACGUUGCUCCCCAAAAGGAGCUACAGUGAGAGCCGGGUGCACUCCUCAGACAGGAGCUCUGCAUCCCAAGCUCAGAGGUUCAGUAGCCCUGUGAGGACCAACAGCCACCUGAGGAGAAUGCAAGCCUCAGGCAACAUCCGCAACCCUGUUCAAGGUAAUAACACCAAGCCUCAUUCCACUGCCAGAGACUGUGGUGUUUGGGGGCUGGGAGGAACCAUUGGGGAUUAUGGGGGGUGUGUGUUGAACUGCAGAACAGGGAGGUUUAAGAGGAGGAGUGGCUCAGAGCAGAGGAGAGGCAGAGCAGAACGACAACAUGCAUUGGAGAAAAGACGUAGUGGUUCUGAGUGCAGAAGAGGAGGAGCUGAGCAGAGGAGAAUAGCUGAGCUCAAGGAACGGGAAAUCAAACCAGAUGCUGUCACUGCAAUAAUGGACAAUUUACCUGGUUCCAAACAUUCUCCAAUAAACAGACCAAAACAGGUUGAAUUUGUUACAUAACAGCCACCCGAGUACUGUAAGUAGAAUCUAAUUGCCACAGCUACAGUUAUUAAUAUUUGAUCAUGAAUGUAUAUUUUCAUUUAGUCAUUUUUCCUUGUGUGGCAAACACAAAGUAUAGCAAGACUGUAAAUAUAUAUUUUUCACUAGCGGAUAUUAUGCUUCACCAGAUUUGUUUAUCUCAGCUAAUCAUUGUUACAUUAUGUUUAAUCCAAUGCUCUGAUAUCAGUAUAAGAUAAUGCAACAUUGGAUGUUUACAUGGACUAUUGAUCAUACAUAAAUCAUAUGAGGAUGUGAUUAUUUAUUUAAAAGUUGUGUUUGUUUGUUUUUUCCUCAGCACAAUACACUGCAUAUAUAUUUUGUAUGCAGGAGUUUCCAACACAGCACCAAUUUUACUGUCGAUUCUGUUUUGGUUUGUCAGCAAAAUAAUUGCAUAAUAAAAGUGUUUAAAAUUGACCGAACAAUUAUGAUAAGGUGUAAUUCUUCAAACUCAAAGUGAAAAAGUGUGGAAAAGUUGUGGAGUCCAAUAUCACAAAUCAUACCAUUCUGUUCUGAAUACAGUAGCGGUCCUGGCACAUUUUAGGCCUUAUUAUCUGCGUUCCAGUCACACCUGAGUUCUGAUGAUUCCUGAGAGGCCGGUUGAUGAGUUACAGAAUUUAAAUUUUCCCUGAAACAUUUGACCCUAAUAAAUUAUUUCCAGUGUUCAGAGACACCAUGGUCAUAUUCUGGGUUAUUAAAUAAUGAAUUCACAAUCAGAAUAUCAAUAAAUACAGAUGCAAUUAAUGAAAAGGCCUAAAUCAUAU